AUGGAACGGGACCCUUUUCUAGGACAGGAACAACACGCUCUAGAUGCGAAUGCUCGCGAAAGAACGUUGACGAAGGAAAACCUAGCGCAGCUGACUCCAGUGCACCGAGCAGCGCAGUCGACGCUGGUGCCGGCGCCCGCGUCCAACGCCGUCGACGACAACAAGGGUCUCUUUGUGACUAGUGGCGGUGCACCAGACGCUGAAUGUGGCGCUAGUAGAAAAAGUCCAAAAAUGGAUGACGAAAAGGCAAAAAGAGAAACGUGCAGCGUGCCUGGGGCUGAAGUUGCGAGCGAAACGGAUCCAGGGACUGCAGUGCAACCCAGCACUGCCCAGGAAGCAUCCAUUGAACCAACGGAAACGACACUUGUAACCGAACACGCUGUGCCCCAGUCACUGCUUCCAGCAGCGGAUAAAGACGAGUACAAGCCGGCGAGCAGAAGGCUAAAGUCCACGAAAACCGAUCGCCUGCCGUUUCGUGGUGUUCCGCGAAUGGAAGGUCACCUCUACAAGUGGACCAACUACCUCAAGGGAUGGCAACGUCGACUCUUCGUCCUCGAGAACGGUGUGCUCAGCUACUACGUCGAACGCACGGCUCACGCAGGAGCCGCAGACGAGGCCCACGCUCUUAGCGCUACGUCGAACGCGGCAGCUUCCGGGAACCCGAACGCUCCGGGUGUGGCAUCGCUGCUGUCACCGCGUCGACUUUUCGGUUCAUGGAAUGCUCCUGAAUCACCAGAGGUUGAACGAGCGUGCAAAGGGCGAAUUAAUUUGCAGCUGGCAGUGAUCACUCGCCACGAUACGGAGUUAUCGCGUUUGAUCAUUGACACGGGGACUCAGAUCUACCAUCUGCGGGCCGAAUCGAAUGACCUGUGUCAACAGUGGCUCGAUGCAUUACUGCGUUCGAAGAGCUACUUUGAACGCCUGGCGAGAAGAGCGGCCGCACGACGACUGAAGGCAGUUGGAGAUACCCCCGGAGACGCGAACCCCUCGGCCGGAGAUCAUCCACCGAGUGAACAUGCGCACCACAGCAGCAGGUCCGAGCCGGGUGCUAACGGGCAACCCAGCAAGCGAAGUCCAACUCCCGGUGUCGUUGUCGCAGCUUCACGGGAAAGUGCUCCGGGUAGUCGCGGGGAACUUGAAGCCGAUCGCACAGCCACCGACGAGGAUGACGAUGAAGAAGACGAGGAUGCACGCCUGGAACGAGAGUUCGGUGAGGAAGACGAGGCAACGCUGCAAGCUCGUCAGGCUCGUGAGGAGCUGCUUGCCGAGCUGGUGCGAUUUCAAGGGCAUGUACGGGAGGCGGUAACCCAGUUAUCGCCUCCGGACUUGUUGCACGUUCUCGUGAAAGGCCUCUGGAAUGAAGAGCCGUCCACGGAGUCAGCCGGUGGUACGCACGAUGUGGUUGCUGUGCUGAGCGCGCUUCUUGAGCUGCUCACAUGGUGUAUUCAUGUGCUGCAGUCAGACGGGGCUCUCUGGCGACAUCGCCUUGUGGCGGAGAGGGCGCGAGCUCUUAGAGCAGAAGCCGAGGGCGCAGCACUCCAACGCCAACUAGAUGCUCUUCUACGGGAACUAGAACGCAUCGAAUGGUUCUCGCAAGCGUCUCCUGAAUGGGAAACCAACGACCGGUCACGUUCACCUAGUCAACACGUCGCUUCUGUCGCGGAUACGGAUGAUGGCACAGGCGAUACCGAUGAGUUCUUCGAUGCUGGCUCUGGUAGUGUCGUGUCGACGCCAUGGUCGAGCCCGUCCACAGCAACCGCCACAGAAGCGACCGGAGUCGAAGCCGGCAUAUCGGCGACGAGCCUCACACCAGGCUCGUCGGCGAUACGCCCCUCUUGGGUACCGACAUCGAGUGAGUCACUAGCCGAGCGCACUUGGCGUGUGCUGGAACGUCUCCGACGGGCGAGCACGGAGGCCCGUCGUCGUUCGCCGAACUUGUGCGAAGCAAACCUGUUGACGCAGCCGCCAGCGAGCGCCGAUAACCAGCUCCAGUCGUCGACGUCAUCGGCUGUUACCGAGACCUCGAGCAGCUGUGCGUCCGCUGUAGUAGUGCCCCAAAACGAAACCUUCGUGACGAUACCUCGUGAGCCGCGUCGGCGCCUUCCUAUUUCAGAUAGCGAGACGCCACCGAAACCUUCGUUAUGGAGCAUUCUCAAAGACGCUGUCGGAAAGGAUCUCUCCCGUAUCUCCAUACCUGUGGUGUUUAAUGAGCCCAUUUCCUUCUUACAACGAUUAGUCGAGGAUGUCGAGGGUGCAGCGCUCCUGGAUCGCGCUGCGGCAACCGUGGACCCUGCACUGCGUCUGCUCCUGGUGGCAGCGUUUGCGGUGUCGCACUACGCUUCUACUUUGGGUCGCACCGGAAAACCCUUUAACCCGCUCCUGGGGGAGACCUUCGAAUUCGUGACGCCGGAACCCUCCUCCAUUCGCGUCCUCUGUGAACAAGUGAGCCAUCAUCCGCCGGUAAGUGCCUCGUAUGCCGUCGGUCGUGACAAGCGCUGGGUCUACCACACUACCUGUGAGGUGCGCAACAAGUUCUGGGGUAAGAGUAUUGAGGUGUUCCCGUAUGGCAAGUGCCAUGUACAUAUUCCGGAGUUUGACGAUCACAUCACAUAUCGGAAAGCGACUACUUGUGUCCAUAACAUUCUCGUGGGGAAGAUGUGGAUCGAUAAUUACGGGGAAAUGGUGCUUGUGAACCAUCGUAACGGUUACCGGUGUGUGGUGAAACUCACCAAGACUGGAGCCUUUUGGGGAUCACGCGACACAUACGGUUCGGUGUCUGGUCGAGUUUUCGACGCAGACGGACGCGAGUGUCCUCUGCGGCUCGCGGGUUCCUGGUUGUCGGCGCUCCGGGUGGAGUUUCUGCAGGAGCCGCUCGGGGAUCAACCGCGGGUGCUUCGUGCGGAAACCGUUUGGACAAGACCGGUGGAGCCACCGCCGGGUGCCUCUGGACCCUUUCAUAUGACGCAGUUCGCCAUUGCACUGAACGAGUUGACCGAGGAACUUCGAGUGGUGUUGCCGCCUACGGACUCUCGGUUUCGACCGGAUCAGCGGUUCCUGGAGAACGCGGACUACUCCAAAGCAACCGCAGAGAAACUGAGACUCGAGGAAAAACAACGCGCCGCCCGGAAAGCGCGGGAACAAGCCGGCAAACCCUGGAAACCCCUCUGGUUUGAGCCGGAGCGCGACCCCCAGUCCGGAGAUAUCGAGUGGAGCUUCAACGGGCGCUACUGGUCAGCGAGGCAGCGCUACGACUGGUCGCAAUGCCCCGAUAUUUUUUAA